AUGGGUAUUUAUACUUCAUUGUGCCUAGAUUUUCCUAACCUGGAUGUUGUGAGUGGAUUGAAACCUCCAGAUGGGCUAUUUGCCACUUUGAACAAGGGCCACCUCCUCUCCUUCCUUCACCAUCCCCUGUUUCUAUACAUGAAAACAAAGAAUAUGCAUCAUUGUGAGUGCUGUUUUUUGAGGUGCAGUGGUGAUCGUUGGUUGGUUUCAAAGACUUAUUUGGGAGGGUGUUUUUUGCUUUAUCAAAGUUCAGGACAAUUUACCCUCAUGUCUACUUGGGAUUUACUGUUUUGGUUUGCGCACACACUACAAUGUGAGAGGAAGGUUUAUUCCAUGACUUUGGCAUCUCCUCCACCUAGAAUUCUAUCCUUGGCCUUACCUCCUUCAAUCGGAAUUAUGAGUCAUACCACACCUCCUGCACCAUCAACCCCUGUACCAGACAAGGCCAAUUGGGACUCUGCCCAAACCAAAGUGUUUGUUGAUCUUUGUGUCGAACAAGUAAAUGAAGGACGUAGACCUGGUUCACACUUCACCAAAGAAGGUUGGCAGAAGAUAGCUGCUGGAUUUUUUGAGAAAACAGGGAAGCGAUAUGAUCAGCCACAAUUCAAGAACAAAUGGGACAAUCUGAAGAAGGAUUACAAAUUGUGGAAGAAAUUGCGCCUUCAUGACACUGGGACUGGAUGGGACAAUGUCCGUAACACCAUUCUUGCUGACAAUGACUGGUGGGAGAGAAGAAUUAAGGAAGACAAGAAGGUUGCAAAGUUUCGAAUCCAGGGACCAGAAAACCUUGAGCAAUUGGAGGCACUAUUUGACGGUCAAUUUGCCACUGGUGAAUUUGCAAUGUUUGCAGGUGCAUCACACCAAAAUCCAGUCCAAACUAAUGAAGAAUUGCUAAGGACCAGCACUGGUGACAAUGUGCAUUCUAUCCAUCUCGGCUCUGAUUCUUCCAGUGAUCAAGAGUUUGACGUAAACAUUGAGCAGAGUAAUGAAGUGACUAGCUCCCCCACACUGACACCUCGUCAAGUUAAGAGGAGGUCAAGCAAAUUAGGGACACGUGGGAAGAAGAAGUGUAGGGCAUCCGCGUCUGAUUAUCGCGAAGACAUUAGCAAGUCCUUAGGCAAUCUUGUGUCAGCAGUGAGCAGCCGGACAAAUGCAAUUGCCAGUCCCCCUAUUUCAUCUACAAAAGCUGAAAUAGUAUGA